UCUCCUUCUCUCGUCUCCGUGUGUCGUGUGAUUGCUGAUCACCCACCCCAUCGGAUUAUUAAUUAAUUUAUUAUUAGUUAAUUCUUUGCUCAACCGAGCACGAAACAUUGAGAGAGAGGAAAGAAUCAUUUCUCCCCGUCGUCUUCGUCGUCGCGUCGAUCUUCGGCUUCUUUCCCCGUUUAUGCGCGAUUAAAAGAAGCAAUUCGGUCUCGCGAUCAUGAGCAAUACUCUUCUCAAAGUCCAACCCUCGGAGCUCAAGAUCCCUUUUGAGCUCAGAAGGCAGAGUUCUUGUUGCAUGCAGCUGACCAACAAGACCGAUCAGUGUGUAGCUUUCAAGAUUAAAACAACUAACCCAAAGAAGUAUUCUGUGCGCCCGAACAAUGGAAUUAUUUCGCCCGGAACUACAUGCAAUGUCACCAUUACAAUGCAAGCACAGAAGGAAAUUCCGCCCGACUACCAUUGCAAAGAUAAAUUCCUUGUGCAGAGUGCUGUGGCUGAGGAUGGUGCAACAAACAGGGAGGUCGUCUCCGAGAUGUUCAAUAAAGCACCGGGUAAGGUUGUCGAGGAGUUUAAGCUGCGAGUAGUUUAUAUUCCUGCUAAUCCUCCGUCGCCAGUCCCGGAGGAAGUGGAAGAAGAAUCUUCUCCGACAUCAUCUAUGUUAGACGAGGCACAAAGUUCAUCCAUGUUUGAUAGUGCUGUAAAGUUCCAGGAAGGAGCCUCCGUGGAAAAGACUUCAGAGGCACUACCGCUUAUAGCAAAGCUGACACAAGAGAAAGCAGAUGCCAUUGAGCAAAAUCAGAAACUGCGGCAACAGCUGGGACUGCUGAGAAAAGAAAGAGCAAGAGUUCGUCGAGGUUACUCUGUCACGUUCGUGGUGAUUGUGCUGAUGCUAGGCAUCCUCUUUGGGUACUUGAUAAAGAAAAUGUAGCAGCAUUUACACACACAGAUUACACUGGAAGUAUACCCCCAUUUGUUUUUUUUCUUUUCUUUUCUUUGUGAAGCCAGAUUGUUCCUCCUCUAUUGAGAAGGAAGUGAAGAGAUAAGAAGUAAUAGAAAAAAGUAACAGAAAAGUAAUAGGUUUUGUGCUUAAUCUUGCUGUCAAAUUAAAGGAUUGUUUGUGUGUAUUGCUAGUUUUUUUUUUUUCCAGAUUUUUUGUGUAUGAAAUUCUUUUGAAUGA